AUGUUCCACCUGGGUGUCAGUGACAAACCCUUCAGAGGUUACAGCAUGAUGGAGGUCAAAGUGGACUUACAAUCUGAAGAUCUGAAUUCCAGUCACAGUGACACAAGCCGGGCUCUGAAUCAAGACAGGGAUCCUAAGAAGAUCAACAAGUGUCUUAAGGUCACGUUUGAGGAUGUGAUUGCAGAGCCUCCCUCUGUGCACAGCUUUGAUAAAGUAUGGCUGUGGAGUCACGCCCUGUUUGAGGUGGCCAGGCUGUGGUGCUACCGCUUCAUCUCUCUCCUGCUGGCUGUGCCACUCUCACUGGCAGCAGGGCUCCUCUUUGCUGUGCUCAGCUGCCUCCACAUCUGGUUGAUCAUGCCCUGCGUUCAGAUGCUUCUCAUCAACAUGCACUGGAUCAGGACGGUUUGGAGCAGCAUACUGAACAUACUCAUCAGCCCCUACUUUAGCAGUAUUGGAAAGUGCUGCAGCCAAAUCAACAUCCAUCUGGCUAAACAUGUAGACAAAUAG